GGAUGCCAAUGUCUUCUUUUUAGUGUAAAUGGUAGCGCCCUUAGGCUAGCGCAGGCAGCCAAGUAUUUGAUAAACUAGCAAUCGGUUGGCUAACCAGCUAAGGGCUUGAAAUAAUAAACCGGUUUAAAACAUACAUUCCUUCCCACUUGAGAUACUUACAUUUAUGCGAAGGAUUUGGGUUUCUAUGUAAACAGGAUGUCAACUCCAGCAAGACGACGUUUAAUGAGAGAUUUUAAACGACUACAAGAGGAUCCUCCAGCAGGAGUUAGUGGGGCCCCCUCAGAAAACAAUAUCAUGGUAUGGAAUGCUGUCAUUUUUGGACCAGAGGGAACACCUUUUGAAGAUGGAACCUUCAAACUUACCAUUGAAUUCACAGAGGAAUAUCCAAAUAAACCUCCAACAGUGCGAUUUGUCUCCAAAAUGUUUCAUCCAAAUGUGUAUGCAGAUGGCAGCAUAUGCUUAGAUAUACUUCAGAAUCGUUGGAGUCCAACCUAUGAUGUCUCAUCAAUCUUAACCUCAAUACAGUCUUUACUGGAUGAGCCAAACCCAAACAGUCCAGCCAACAGCCAAGCAGCACAGCUUUACCAGGAAAACAAGCGGGAGUAUGAGAAGAGGGUUUCUGCUAUUGUUGAACAGAGUUGGCGUGACUGUUGACCCCUGUUAACAUUCAAGUAUGAACAGUGUCCAGCCCAGAAUCAAGAAACCACCUAUCAAAAAAAAAAAAAAAAAAAAGCAAAAAAAAA